GGGGGCAGCAGUGAGUCAGAGCCGUUUUCUCCGCGCGGUUGGAUGUGGUGCGCUGGUGCGAGCUGCUGUCUCUCUGCGCGAGCUCGAAGAUGGCGGUGUCCGUGUUUCCCGGCGUGCGGCUCCUCUCUAUUGGGGACGCCAACGGAGACAUCCAGCGGCAUUCCGAGCAGCAGCCCCUGCGGCUGGAGGUGAAGACCACGCCGGAAGCGGCGCUUUUAAACCUCUCGAACAAUGAGGAGUCGAGCGUGUUUAAGUGUACAUUGUCACGGGAGACGGAGUGCAGUCGUGUUGGGAAGCAGUCCUUCAUUAUAACACUGGGCUGUAACAGUGUGCUUCUGCAGUUUGCCUCCCCCACAGAUUUCUCCUCCUUCUACAAUCUGCUGAAGAACUGCCGCGGCCAUUUGAAUGAGCACUCGGUGUUCAGCGAGAGGACAGAAGAGUCAUCGGCAGUACAGUACUUUCAGUUCUAUGGCUACCUAUCUCAGCAGCAGAACAUGAUGCAGGAUUAUGUACGAACUGGAACCUAUCAGCGGGCCAUUCUCCAGAACCAUACCGACUUCAAGGACAAGGUGGUGUUGGAUGUGGGAUGUGGCUCAGGGAUCCUGUCGUUUUUCGCGGCUCAGGCUGGAGCACGUAAGGUGUAUGCGGUGGAGGCCAGCACUAUGUCUCAGCAUGCAGAGGUUUUGGUGAACAGUAACAGGUUGACGGAGCGUGUGGCAGUAAUCCCAGGAAAGGUGGAGGAGAUCACUCUGCCUGAGCAAGUGGACAUCAUCAUCUCCGAGCCCAUGGGCUAUAUGCUGUUUAACGAGAGGAUGCUGGAGAGCUACUUGCAUGCCAAGAAAUUCCUGAAACCGAAUGGUAAAAUGUUCCCCACCAUUGGAGAUGUCCACCUCGCUCCUUUUACAGACGAGCAGCUCUACAUGGAGCAGUUCACCAAAGCCAACUUCUGGUACCAGCCAUCGUUCCAUGGGGUGGAUCUGUCUGCACUGAGGGGAGCUGCCGUAGAUGAGUACUUCAGACAGCCGAUUGUGGACACGUUUGACAUCCGAAUCUUGAUGGCCAAGUCUGUGAAAUAUACAGUUAACUUUUUAGAAGCUAAAGAGGAGGACCUUUAUAAGAUAGAGAUCCCCUUUAAGUUCCAUAUGAUGCACUCAGGGUUGGUGCACGGCCUGGCUUUCUGGUUUGACGUUGCAUUUAUGGGCUCUGUGAUGACUGUGUGGCUUUCUACGGCACCCACUGAGCCCCUGACUCACUGGUAUCAGGUGCGCUGUCUGCUGCAGUCGCCACUCUUCGCCAAAGCUGGAGACACUAUGUCGGGCACGGCCCUGCUCAUCGCCAACAAGAGGCAAAGCUAUGACAUCAGUAUUGUUGCUCAAGUGGAUCAGACUGGCUCCAAGUCCAGUAACCUCCUGGAUCUGAAGAACCCCUUUUUCAGAUACACAGGCAGCAGCCCUAACCCUCCUCCAGGCUCACACUACACCUCCCCCUCUGAGAACAUGUGGAACACUGGGGGAGCCUAUAGCAUGAGUCAAGGCAUGGCUGUGUCAGGAAUGCAAACAGCUUAUGACCUCAGCUCUGUCAUUGGUGGCAGUGGCUCUACAGUUUCCCACAACAACCUCAUCCCCCUUGGUACAGACAUGCACGCAUUGAACACGGGGAUUGUGAACCACACUCACUCCAGAAUGGGCUCCAUCAUGAGCACAGGAAUUGUCCAGGGAGCUACAACCCAGCAGGGUCCGAACAGCAGCAGCACCCACUAUCCCGUCACUAACCAGUUCACCAUGGGCGGUCCUGCUAUCUCAAUGGCCUCACCCAUGGUCAUCCCCAGCAACACGAUGCAUUAUGGGAGCUAAGGCCCCUCCCUGCUUGCCCUCCCCUUUGCAUGUCCAGCCUCCUAAACUGACCACAGCCUAAACCAGAUUACCAAAUCCAGUGCUGCAGCAUCUGACUGUCACCUUAUCUACCCGCCCCCCUCCUUGAUGUAUAUUCGUAUAUAAAUAUAUAUAAAACCUCUCUUGCUGUCUCUUUCAGUACCACAGUCCUCCCCACCCCUUCUGCAUCCCACCCUACAAUGCCAGCCUUUUCUCUGUCUUGAACAGUCGGAGAUGUGAUGCCAUCGCUCUCCUCCUCCUCCACAGUAGUGCAGUUCCAGGAUUAGCCACAAGGAGGCAGUGGACUGUUGAGCUUUGGGAUUUGAUGGAAUGUUCUUUGCAGAACUUUUUUUUUUUUUUUUUAAGUAAAUAAUUAUCAGAUGUACAUUCAUACAAGGGACACUUAAAAAUGUCAGUGAUGGACCGUUUGUAAUGAACCUGAGAUUUUUGGCAGGGCCGACUUGCUGUUCCCGGGUCAUCUUUUUUCCUAGAUUGAUUGUUUUCUCCACAUCAUAUCAAGCUGUCCAGCAAUAUCAACUUUUAGUAUAAAUAUAGUCUCAGCCACUUCGACCUUUCUAAACAUCUGCAGUGCGACUGGAUUUCUUCUCUGGCUUUCAGGAACAUUCAGGAACUGUCAUUGCCUGUAGGAUAAGUAGUUUAGAUAGAUGGAUACCAUCUUGUAGCUCAUUCCAUUUCAGAGCAACACUUUCAUUUUUUAUUUCUUUUUUCAUAAAUAGUGCAGCCUGAGAUAUAUGUGCAGCUAGCUGUUCCCUCCUGUUUGCAGCAAGGUUAGCAAAAACUAACCAUGUAUUAAGCUAAUGAGCAUUUGAGGAAUCUCCUGUUCCUGAGGUCUGCAUCCACGCGCUCUCCGGCCAUCCAGGCACAAUGCUGGAAUUCUGGAACGGAUUAGGAGGCAUUAGUUCAGGAAAGAGGACGGAUGAACUGGAUGUCAGGCUCUGCACACACCCGUCGGCCACUGCAGCAGGACAAUUGCUUGGAUCGACAGAAUCCUAGUUUACAUUCCCCCAAAUCCUUAUUGUUUGACCUGUGUCAUGAUCUUGUAUUUUUUUUUUUUUUUUUUUUUUUGUGAAUGUAAUCACCUGUCAAACCUCUCUGACCCCUGAUCCUAACUUGUUUUUCCUGUCCCUACAUCUCCUACCUCCCCUUGCUGGGCAUUGCCUAGAGAAAGACUCUUGAAGGUAUGCAUUGCUUCCAGUCACCCAUUUAUAUAUAUUUUUCCCCUUUUCCGUUCAGCCAUUGAUUGGAUUUAGAAACUUUAAUUGAAGAGACAUCAUGUUAGUUUGUAGAAUUAACCCCCUUUCCUUUCCUUUUUUUUUUUUUUUAUUUCACAAGAAAAGCAACAGAUAAAAGGAAAAAAAAACAUGCAAAUUAAAUGUUGGAGACUUUC